AUGUCUGUUUACGAGCCACUACAAACCAAAGAUACAAUCCGCCUCUUGCGCGUGCAUAGGGACGCCAAUGGUUCGAUUGUCGGAGAGCUGAAGCCGUUCUUUCUAGACGCGCCCGGUAAACCUCAAUACAAACCUAUCUCAUACGUCUGGGGUGAUGACCACCAAAGCCAGCGGACCAUUACUCUAAAUGGGCGUGAGUAUGGCACGCUGCGUACCGUGUAUUCUAUUCUCGAGCUAUUCUGCGAUCGGCCUGAAUUCAAGAAAUCGCAGCCAUGGAUUUGGAUCGACUUCAUCUGCAUCAAUCAAGAAGACCUGGCUGAGCGCGCGAUGCAAGUCGCGCUAAUGGUCCGCAUCUACGGAGAAUCAUAUGGCGCGACAAUCUGGUUAGGCGAGGGGACGUCGUUUUCGGAUCGGGGUAUGGAUAUGAUGAAGGCAAUAUCGGAGGGCGAUUCGGACGAGGAGAAAAAGAAGGAUCCGAAAAUGCAGGAUGUUGAUGCCUGGAAGGAUUAUGAACAGGUCGCUCUCAACCCUUGGUUCAGACGUGGGUGGACGUUGCAGGAGAGUAUCACGGGAUACGACGACACGUCUGUAUACUUCUUUGGCAAUAAGAUGUUGACGAGAUGGGAGGUUAUAUGCGCUGCGCACGUUACUCGGUAUCGGUUACCUGACGGUAUACCGGUUGAUAUAGAUAACUGGUUGCCGCUUUGGAAUCGCAGACGUAUUUACCAUUGGUACCGGUUCCAAGGCCCAGGACGAUGGGUUAGCUUGUUGGCGCUGAUGGCGUAUAAUUGUCAGACGGUGGUCUCUGAUGAUAGGGAUCACAUCUACUCUCUGCUUGGAGUGAUUAAUCAGAAGGACCGUGAGACUGUGGGUCUUCCGAGAUACGAUCUAGAUGUCGAGACGGUUUAUACGAAGUUAGUCAAGGAUUGGGUGCGAUCUCAUCAGAGUCUGGAUAUUAUUUCCUUUGCGCACAUGUGUCAUAGGCGACACGGUAAAUUUGAUUCGACUUUGCCGUCGUGGGUUCCGGACUGGCGAAACAGAGAUGUUAAGAGUGCUACGCAUAUCCCUGUGCUGGUUAGUCAGAGUGGGAAACAGCAUAUUGGCAAUUUUCGUCCGUGGGCGGAAUAUGACACUCGAGGGGCGUUGAAGUAUGACGCCUCUGGGGAUAAGAAGCCUGCAGUCGAGUUUUCGGAGGAUGGUCGGAGACUCGUAUGUAAAGGCAUCCUGAUUGAUGUGUUGGACGGCAUCGCGGGCAUGGUUGAUGAGUCACAACCUGCUUCUGACCAGACUUCCGAGCCUUUAACUCAGUCUACGUCACCUGUUAAUUCGCUCGACGUAUCUAACCUAGAAGUUUCAUCCGCGAAUACCCCGACCGAUCCUAAGAAGGAAGACGUGCCGACUACCGUCGGGAGGCAGGUAGUAUCUAGUCUCGCACACGGACGGGGUGAUGAAUUCCUAAAACGGCCGGUACCAUGGAGACGCUUCUUAUCCGAUUUUAAAGCGAUCGCCCAGAGUGAUGGCUACGGCAAGACUGACCAGGGAACCAAGGACUUCAUCGCAUGGUACAAGAUCAACAAGACCCUUCGUAUCCGCGGCCUGACUCUCGGAGACAUCUGUAAAAAUGCGCAGCCUGGCGACGAGAAAGCGUUAAACCAAGAGAAAAGCCGCGAGCCACAAGGGAAUAACAGCUUCAUCGAAAGGUUCACCCAUUCCACUAGCACGGACGACCUUUGCAGACGUCUUUUUGUCACCGAGCAGGGACACCUCGGCACCGCACCGCAACGGGCGCAGAAGGGAGAUAAGGUGUGUGUCCUAUUUGGGUGCAGUGUGGCUUCUAUCCUGCGCCCGGACCCGGUUGCCGCGGAUUCUUAUGAGUACAUUGGCGAGGCAUACUUGGAUGGUUUCAUGGAGGGGCAGGCGUUGAAGAUGGGGAAGCCAGAGAGCACGUUCGUUCUUGUUUAA